AUAAUGAAAAGCAGAAAAAGAUUUAUUCAAUGUGGCUACAUUGGGAAGGACAAAGAUAUUCAGUGACUCCCCCAAGUGCGUCUUUGGGGGUUACUGAUGUGAGAAUAGGAUUUAAAUUUUCUUUUCCUUUUUCACUGUUUCCUUUUUUAAAAAAAAUUUUCAAGACAAGAGUUCUCUGUGCCAAUACCUGCAGUCCCAGAAUCGCACUGUACUCUAGGUUGGCCUGGAACCGGAGAUCUGUCUGUGUCUGCCUUCUGAGUGCUGGGAUAAAAGGCCAGUGCCACCACCAUCCAGGAGGGUUUAAAAAUUGCUAUUUUGUUUAUUUUGAAACGGGGUCUAACUGUGUUAACCUUGGCUAAACUUGAACUCUCGGAGAUCCACCUCCCCCUGCCCCUUCCCCCUCGGAUUAAAGGCAGGUGUCACUAAACUCUGCUAAUUUUAAUUUAAACAUUUUUAUCUUUUGUAUGUUUGCCUGUAUGCACAGUGUACCACAUGCCUGCCUGUUGGGCCCAGAAAAACUGGGGUUACAGGUGGUCGUGAGCCAUCACGGGGUGCUGGCAAUAGAAUCCCUUUCCUCUGCAGUACUCUUAACUACUUACACCCCCCACCCCGCCCAGCCCCGCCCCCAACAGGGUUUCUUCUUGUAACAAAGCCCUGGCUCUCCUGGACUCGUUUUGUAGACCAGGCUGUCCUCGAAUUCACAGAGAUUGUCUUCCCUCUGCCUCCAGAGUGUUGAGAUUAGAGGUGUGAGCCACCAUGCCCGUCACUAACUCUUAAUAAGGUUUAAAUCUUAAGCAAGUCUGUCUCUUUCAAGGUCAUCUGAUAAGUUGUAAAUUUUUCUACCAGGAGAUAAGUUCCUCCUUUGGAUGUUUCAGCCACUUCCUUUUCUAGCAGGCUAUUCCUGGAAGAAAUGCUGAUUUCUUGGGUUUCUUUCUUUUUUUUUUUUUAAAGUCUGAUAGCCUAAGAGCACAACUGUCUCUUUAGAAUAUAUUUAUUCCUGCCAGACUGGUCGGUUAGAAGGUCCAGUGGAAUAUAAAAGGUAGGAAGUCUUAGAACGAACGCCAGAGCCACUAGGGAAAAAGACCCAAGGUGAUAGAGGAGCAACCAGCGGGAGAAGAAAAGGACAGGUAUCAGUGGGGUUGGGGGAGACCAGGACAAAGCUAAGAGAGCGAGAAGUGGCAGCCUUCCAGGGUCGAAUUGGGUCAGAACUGAUUUUGCAGAGCACCGGUCCCGGGAAUGUAUUUCUUCCUGGGUUCCCCAGCUGAAGGGCGGCAGUUAUCUGGAUGGGGAGGCGGUCCAGAGCUCUUUGUGUCAGCUGUCUGGGGUACCACUGGGCGUACAGUCCCCACCAAAGGCCAAGAAGGAAAGGGAGUGUGUGGGUGGGCCCUUUAGAGCUCCAAGCAGCAGCAUCCUUAAAACGUGGAGCCCCAGAGGCUUCAAGUGACUGCGUGGGGAGCCCGGGAGUGUCCAUCCCAGGUGAGGGUGACCGCACCCCACUCACGGUCCGCGGGGAGGGCCCGGGCGCGGCCUGAUGGAGGCUGCUCAGUAACGGUACGCGGAUCGCCUACGGCCCCGGCGUGCUCUAGUGCCCGGAAGCAACGCCGCCUGGGGCCCCCGCUCCGAGCCGGGUCCCCUGGCGGCGCGCGCUGUCGCGAUCCGGUGCGAGUGACGUGGCGUGGGCGGGGCUUGAGCGGCCGGGGCGACGGCGCGACCGAGCAUCCUGGCAGCUCGGGGCCACGAGGAGGUUACUGGCGGGGCCGAGGAGGCUACUGUAAACACAGGUGCACAGGAACCAUUUACCAUGGAAGCCAGGGAGCUUGGGAGCCCCACACCUACCUACCAUCUUCUCCCCAAGGCCAACCAGCACACUGUGAAAGAAGAUGCCAGCUCACCCUCUCAAGGGUCUCCAGAAACUAUGCAGCUGAAGAAGGAGAUCUCCUUGUUGAACGGGGUCAGCCUGGUGGUGGGCAACAUGAUUGGCUCAGGGAUCUUUGUCUCACCCAAGGGUGUUCUAAAAUAUACUGCUUCCUAUGGGUUGUCACUUGUAGUGUGGGCCAUUGGUGGGCUCUUCUCUGUCGUGGGUGCCCUCUGUUAUGCAGAACUGGGGACCACUAUCACCAAGUCAGGGGCUAGCUAUGCUUAUAUUCUAGAGGCCUUCGGGGGCUUCAUUGCCUUUAUCCGUCUGUGGGUCUCACUUCUAAUUGUUGAGCCCACCAGUCAGGCCAUCAUCGCCAUCACCUUCGCCAACUACAUCAUAAAACCCUCCUUCCCCACCUGUGAUCCUCCGUAUGUGGCCUGCCGUCUCCUCGCUGCUGCCUGCGUAUGUCUGCUGACAUUUGUGAACUGUGCCUAUGUCAAGUGGGGCACACGAGUACAAGACACGUUCACGUAUGCCAAGGUCCUGGCACUCAUUGCCAUCAUAAUCAUGGGCCUUGUUAAACUGUGCCAGGGACAUACUGAGCACUUUCAGGACGCCUUUAAAGGUUCCUCGUGGAAUGUGGGAGACCUCUCUCUUGCCCUGUACUCUGCCCUCUUCUCUUACUCAGGUUGGGACACCCUUAAUUUUGUAACAGAAGAAAUCAAAAACCCAGAAAGGAAUUUGCCCUUGGCCAUUGGGAUUUCUAUGCCAAUUGUGACACUCAUCUACAUCCUGACAAACGUGGCCUAUUACACAGUGCUGAACAUUCAGGAUGUCCAUAAGAGUGACGCAGUGGCUGUGACAUUUGCUGACCAGACAUUUGGCAUGUUCAGUUGGACCAUCCCCAUUGCCGUUGCUCUGUCCUGCUUUGGGGGCCUAAAUGCAUCCAUUUUUGCUUCAUCAAGGUUGUUUUUCGUGGGCUCUCGUGAGGGCCACCUCCCGAACCUUCUGUCCAUGAUCCACAUUGAGCGCUUUACACCUGUGCCUGCGUUAUUGUUCAAUUGCACCAUGACACUUAUCUACCUCGUUGUGAAGGACGUUUUCCUGCUCAUCAACUACUUCAGUUUCAGCUACUGGUUCUUUGUGGGCUUGUCUGUUGUUGGACAGCUCUACCUUCGUUGGAAAGAGCCUGACUGGCCUCGACCUCUCAAGCUGAGCCUCUUUUUUCCCAUCGUGUUCUGCAUAUGUUCCUUGUUUCUGGUGGCCGUACCCCUCUUCAGUGACACCAUCAAUUCCCUCAUUGGCAUUGGGAUUGCCCUCUCUGGGGUCCCUGUCUACUUCAUGGGUGUUUACCUGCCAGAGGCCCGGAGGCCACUCUUCAUUAGGAAAGUUCUGGCUACUGUCACCAGAGUAACCCAGAAGCUUUGCUUUUGCGUCUUGACUGAGCUAGAUGUAGCUGAAGAGAAAAAUGUUGAGAGGAAAACUGACUAGAAGCCAGAGAUGACAUUCCCUGAAGCCCAGAAGGCUGUGACCACAGCCACCAAAGACCAGUUCUCUAAACCGUCUGAAUUAAAGGAGCCUCUUGGCCCACAUUCUGUAAGGGGCUCAGGGCCAAUGCUCUCUCAUUGGUAAGCUAUGGGAAGUUACUAAUCAGGCCAGUCUGAAGAUGGGGACUUCAGUGGGAGGGGAGGUUGGGGUGGGGGAUUGAUUUAGUUAUACUUCUGAUGAGUAGAUGCAAUCCUGAAGGAAUACUAGGUUGACAGCUCUGGCUCUUGAUUCACAGCUCUUUGUAGUUUAAACCAGGAGUCUACAGUGGGGCUCCUUCAUGGGAAGUUUUCCUCUGACCAAGUCCAGCUACUUGAUUUUUAGAGGUCUGAAAUGCUACCAUUUCUUCCUGUGGCUCAAAAUUCUUCCUUGAGGAGAGUGUUGUAUUCCCUUUUUUGUUUGUUGGGUAUCAUGGACAGCAAGGCUUUAUUUAACUGACAUGGGAUCAACGUGUACCUCCUUCCCUGAAUUCCACAAGAGGAACAACACUCCCUCCCUGGAACUUCAUGUUCGAGCAAACAGAAAGCUUGUUGGGAAGAACACUGCUCAUGAUUUAGGCAUGGAAGUCCUCUGGUUUGUGGGUCCGAAUGUUGGGGAAUCUUUGGGAUCUCAUUGUGAAUGGAGUAUCCAUCUCCUGAGGAGGUGCUGCUUGUCUGACUUUGCUUAGAUCAUAGUAGCAGUAUGAUCAGGAUCCUUAGGCAAGGAGGUGAACUUCUGGCUCCUAAAGGAAUUUGCCUGGGCCACUUGAUUGUGCCCUUCCUAGCUGAAUCCAUGGUGCUGUGGAGCUCUUGAAACAAGGGCUGAGAGAAAAACCUCACUACUUCAGCUGAAUGGAGCGUCUCUACUACCUGGACAAGCCACAACUGUCACCAAAUGUCAACUCCUACAUUUCAUUAUUUAUUGAUAUUUAAUCCAGGACACCAGUUGUAACAAACCAUUAGUGAUCAUUUGUCUUCAGGAUGCAAUAAGUGAAUUGUGUUUGAAAAAAGUAUCUUAACUGGCUUGGUGGCACACACCUGUAAUCUGAACACUUGUUAUGGUGAGGCACGGGGAGUUUGAAUUUGAGACUAAAUUAGGCUACAUAAUUUCUAGGUAGCCACUCUGGAAAGAUCAGAAAAGAUCCUGUCUCAUUAUAUACCUGUUAUAUAACAAGUCACAUGUUAUUAUCAUCUGGUUCUGACAGAUGAGCAAUUUCAUGAGUCAGAAGUUUGGUAACAAUGCUAUUUUGAAGGACAAUCCUUUGUUUUAUUAAGACCGUAGAUCUUUGUUCUACUUGAUAGAAAAUAAAUCUUUGGAUUUCUGGUGUGAACUGAAAGAGGCCUGGAAUGUUCUGCAUAAGGUGUUAUGCAAAAUUCAGGUAGAUAACCUGAUCCAUCAGUUGUCAUUGGACUCCUGGAUUCAAGUCAUCAAAUAGUUUGUUAUCUUUAAGAGCCUGUGUGAGAUUUGCUAUGUGUGGACUCAUAAAAGCCCACUCUACUGGAAGUGAUCAUUAACUUUCUGAAGCACGGAGCUUUGUUUACACUCUGAGCCAUCUUGGGUCAUGAGACGGUGUAGCUGCUUGCCUUCUCUUGUCCAAGGACUGGUGACAUUGAAGUCUCAGAAAAUGCUUGGUACUUGUGCAUCUAGUGUUUUCUCCCUGUGAAGAUCGAUGAAGACUGUGGGAGGAAACAGCUUCAACCUCAACCUGGCUCCUGGUAAAGGAUAGAAACAGCUAAUUCUGGUGAUCAGACGAGGCUGCCAGUUAAAGCCAAAACAGCAGCUUGGAUCCUUGUGAGCAGUAUGUCUACACUAGAUUGUACAACUAUCUUGAUGCCGGUAGACACUGGCAUCUUGGACACAGAAGCACCUGCUGUCUUGACAAUCCUUGUGGACAUUUCAUCUUUAAGUUUUGUAAUUUGUGAACAAUACAGAUAAUAACUAUGUGGCCGUCUCCUAGUACCAAACUGGCCGUAGAUGCACAGGAGUAACCUUGGAUAUAUGCUUGCUCAAUAAAGAUGUAGGGAGUAUGA